GCCAUUGUCAUCUCUGACCUUGAAGUGGAUGUAUGAACUAUGCUGACGCCCAGGCUGUACCUGUUUCUGCUCUUGGCAUGUUCUCCGUCCUCUUCCUCUCUGGGCACGCUGGAGCUGCACAUUGAUGAAGAGCAACCUGCUGGUACCAUCAUUGGUGACAUCAGUGCUGGUCUUCCACCUGGCUCCAGCGGGCACAUGUUCUUCAUAUCUGCACAGGAAGGAAGUGGCGUUACUAGCGAUUUAGAUAUAGAUGAACACACUGGAAUCAUCAAAACUGCUCGAGUCCUGGACAGGGAGCAACGGAACCUCUAUAGUUUUACAGCAGUCACCCCAGAAGGUGUUACUGUGGAGGUGGAUAUCCAUGUGGAUGACAUCAAUGACCACUCACCCACUUUUGGUAAAGAUCGUGCACAGCUAGAUAUUCCGGAGCACACACCUAAAGGCACUCGCUACCCACUAGAACCAGCUGUAGAUCAGGACAGUGGAGUGUUGGGAAUUCAGGGCUACAUAAUUCAGAGUGGAGAUCCUUUGCAAACAUUCCGGCUAGAAACUAGACGAACAUCCAGUGGUGGACUCUCUGUAGAGCUAGUUGUAAACUCAGAUCUGGAUCGAGAGAACCGUUCAUCCUACACCUUAACUCUGGAAGCCUAUGAUGGUGGUUCUCCGAGCCGCAGUACACAAACAAAACUGCAUGUCACCAUCUUAGACAUCAAUGACCAUGCCCCAGUGUUCAACCAGAGCCGUUACCAGUCACUCAUUUCGGAAAGCCUUUUGCCAGGGUCGAGUGUCAUUCAGGUCUAUGCCACUGAUGCCGACCUGGGCCAAAAUGGGGAAGUCACUUAUGAAAUUAACCGUAGGCAGAGUGAUCCUGAAGGUUUCUUCAGCAUCAAUCCGCAUUCUGGACUUAUUCAGCUUAGUAAACCUUUGGAUUACGAGACCCGGAAAGCUCAUGAACUGGUUGUCCAAGCCAGGGAUGGAGCAGUGCAGCCAGAAGUGGGAACCACAUUUGUAUCUAUUCAUGUACGGGAUUCCAAUGAUAACCAGCCAAGCAUGACUAUUAUCUUCCUGAGUGAAGAUGGGGCUCCAAGAGUGUCAGAGGGGGCUACGCCUGGGCAAUACGUAGCCCGCAUCUCUGUAUCAGAUCCAGACUAUGGGGAGCAUCCCGAUGUGGACGUAACUCUGGAGGGUGGGGAGGGUAAGUUUGCUUUGACCACAAAGGAUAGCAUCAUCUACCUCAUUUGUGUGGACAAGUUACUAGACCGGGAGGAGAGAGACUCUUACCGCCUGAGGGUGCUUGCUACAGAUUCAGGUAGUCCUCCAUUGAGAGCAGAAUCCUCAUUUGUUCUCGAGGUGACUGACGUUAAUGAUAACCCACCAAUAUUUGACCGCCAAGAAUACAUCCACAGCGUGCCUGAAGCAGUGCACCCUGGGAGUUUCCUCCUCCAGGUAACGGCCCGGGAUAAGGAUAAAGGAGAGAAUGGAGAUGUCAUAUACAGCUUACUGGACACAUCUUGGUUCCAUAUCAACUCGGAAACCGGAGUAAUUACCACAGCUGCCCUGUUGGAUUAUGAGAAAGACCCACAGCCAAAGAUAACAGUGGUGGCUUCCGACCGGGGGCAACCGGCUCUAACCUCCACGGCCAUUGUUAAGGUCCAGUUACUGGAUGUUAAUGAUAACGAACCCAUCUUUGCCAAUGCCGUUUAUAACGCAACGCUGAGCGAGGGGACUGCGCGGGGAAGCUGCUUCCUAAAGGUCUCAGCAUCAGAUGCAGACAGUGGCAGUCUAGGAGCAGUCUCUUACUCUCUUAACCCAACAUACCCCUCUCAGUUUCGGAUCCAUCCUGAAAGUGGUGAGAUCUGCCUCUCAGACAGCCUGGACCGAGAUGAUGGAGAGCGAUUCUUCCUUCUGCGCGUGACAGCCACAGACGGGGGUGGUCUGAGCGGUGAAUGCCUCAUACGAGUUUCUGUAGAGGAUGUAAAUGAUAACCGACCAGUCUUCUAUCCAUUGGAAUAUGGGGGUAGCAUAAGUGCUCUCAGCCCGCCAGGAACACCCAUAAUGAGUGUGACUGCCCGUGACAAGGAUGAAGGUGUCCAUGGCAUUCUUACCUACCAUAUUGUAUCUGGAAAUAAGCCGCCACGUCUACGCAUCGAGCCUGACACAGGUACCCUCCUGGUGGCGCGGUCUCUGUCGGCAUGGGUUGGCUCUGUUCUGCACUUGGAGGUGGGAGCACAGGAUGGAGGUGGAGUCAGGGCUGACAUGAAUGCUCGGGUAAAUGUCAGCAUCCUACCAAGCUCCGCCCAUAUACCUACUUUCCUGAAACCCCAAUAUGACAUCACUGUGCCAGAAGACACGCCUCCUGGAACCAGCCUGGGCAACGUGAGGGCCACCAACCCUCCAGGUGUGAGCAGCGAGAUACUGUACUCCUUAUCUUAUGGUGAUCCCCGUGGUCUCCUGUCUCUGGAUGCUCAUUCUGGAAUAUUGUCCACACGUCGGCAGCUGGAUCGGGAAGAAGAUGCCGAGCUGAAUCUGGAGGUUCAGGCUUACAGCGGGUCUCCCCCAGCCUACACCCGGUCCCGGGUAACCCUGCGAAUCACAGAUGUGAAUGACAACCCUCCAGCGUUCUCCUCCUCUUCUCACACACUGAGGCUCCAGGGUUCCACCGCUGCAGGCUCCAUCAUCCUUACUGCCAGAGCAACAGACGCUGAUGAAGGAGCCAAUGGUCAGGUUCAUUAUCAGAUGCUGUCUCAGGGACCCUUCAGCAUCGAUAGUCAGGGACAGAUCCAAAUCACCGGACCCCUGACCCAGGAAAGCUACGACCUCCAGGUGCUGGCGCUGGAUGGCGGAUACCCCCAACUGUCCUCCAAGUUAGAGGUGACCGUCCUGGUGAUGGAGCAGGAGUCGGAGCCAGCAUGCGGAGCCCCCGAUUACCGUGUGGAAGUUCGGGAGGCCAGCGCCCCGAUGAGCCGGCUGGUGCAGGUCCAGGCGCUGCUUCCUGGCGGAGGGGAGAACCCAUUGCGCUAUAGGCUGAGGCCGGAUGCUGAUGCAGUGGGAUUCAGUGUGGAGUCAGAGACGGGAUGGCUGUACGUACGAGGAGCCCUGGACAGGGAAAGCCGGGAAGUAUAUGUACUCGCGGUGUUGGCAUCUGGGGGCUCCGGCAGCCGCACCGCCACCUGCACGGUGCGCGUCCGAGUGACGGAUGAGAAUGACAACGUUCCACGUCUGAGUGAGGAGAGAUAUUUCAUGAGCAUCUCUGAGAACCGGCCACCUGGGGAGGUUGUGGGAAGGGUCAGUGCCUCAGACAGAGAUGCCGGACAGAACGGCCGGGUGACAUACAGGCUUCCAGCACAAGAAACGGACUUCAGCAUUCACCCACAUACAGGAGAGCUAUCGGUAAGACGGAGCCUGGACCGGGAGCAUCAGGCUACCUACCAGCUGCUGGUAAUAGCUCAGGAUGGAGGGGCACCUCCGCGCAGUGUGACCGGUACCGUCCAUAUCUCUGUGCUGGAUGAAAAUGACAACGCUCCGGUGUUUCUACAUCCCGGCUCUGGGAGGGAGACCCCCAUACAGGUGAUGGAAGGGAAAACAUCCGGGGUGUUUGUGGCGCUGCUUUUGGCCAAAGAUGUGGAUGAGGGAGAGAAUGGAACGGUGACGUACAGCUUAUCGGGACCAUGGCUGGAACGUUUCUCUCUGCACCCACACACCGGAGAGCUGCGCACCGCAACUGCUCUGCACCACGCAGAACGUUCCCUCUACACCGUGACUGUGCAGGCCAGGGAUUCAGGAUCUCCCUUCAGGAGCACAGAGACCACCCUCCGUAUACAGGUUUUGCCCUCCUCUCGUCACCCGUCAAAGCCUAACCCGAGCAUUCUUGUUCUAACACCAGUGGAAGGGUUACCACCCGGAUCACUUUUGGGCUCUGUUUCUCCCAAAAUUCCCCAUGAAUCUGCAAUUUACACCUUGCUGAAUGACCUGCACGGGAUCUUCAUGGUGGAUGGACAAACAGGCAACAUCUUCCUAGUAAAAGACCUGGAUUAUGAGUCCCAAUCUAGGUAUAGCCUUCAGGUGAGUGUUGAGGAAGCCCGGAAGAUGACCGGAGUGUACCGACCUCCUCAAGUUGUCCAGGUAGAGAUUGAAGUCCAGGACAAAAAUGACCACUCGCCGAUGUUUCCAGAAGACCCAUUGACAUUGGUAGUUCCAGAGGAUGCUCAGAUCGGUUCCUCCAUCUUCACUUUCCAGGCUGUGGACCGCGAUGGACCAGGUCCCAACAGUCAGGUCCGUUAUUCCUUAGUGCACCAGGAACCAGAGCUGGCUGAAAGCACAUUUCUCAUGGAUGCAGAGACAGGUGUGAUGAGUAUAGCACGCCCACUGGAUCGGGAGAAGGUGCCUUCAUACCUACUAAUGGUGGAGGCCAGAGAUUGCGCGUUAAAUGCCAGCCAACGCCGCUCCACUUCAGUCACUGCCAGAAUAUUUAUCAGUGACCGCAAUGACCACACUCCACACUUCAUUACGCCAUCUACUGCAUGGUUGUCCGAGGACCUCCCUGUGGGAUCUACAGCUCUCUUCCUGGUGGCACAAGACCCAGACCUGGGUGAGAAUGGUAGGAUUGGCUAUCAACUAUCUGGAGGCAAUGAGGAGGGCAGGUUCCAGAUCCAUCCAAGCACAGGUGCUCUGUCUGUAGUGAGGGCAUUAGACCGGGAGGAAACACCGGGAUAUAACCUUACCUUGGUGGCUGUGGACCACGGCUCUCCACGUCUCUCCUGCACACAGACGCUUUCUAUAAGUGUUCUCGAUGUGAACGAUGAAACGCCAACCUUUGAGAAAACACAAUAUGAAGCGACAGUUACAGAAAACCAGCCCGCUGGCGUCAUUGUGCUGCGACUGCAGGCGAUAGACCGAGACCUUGGUCCUGGAGGACGUAUCACGUAUGGCGGGGUCACUGGCGAUGAGUUCUCCCUCGAUGCGGAGACUGGAAUACUAACCACCAAGCAGCCACUGGACAGAGAGCUAAAGCAGAUGCACAAGCUGACAGUGUACGCCCGGGAUGGAGGAUCACCGCCGCGCGUGGCCGAGGUCAGGGUACACAUCACCGUCGGUGAUGAAAACGACAAUAAACCGAAAUUUGAGAGUGAAAAUGUGUUCCUAGAAGUCCCUGAAAAUCAGGAGCCCAUUACUUUAUGUGUCCUCGGGGCCUGGGACCCAGACGCUGGGAGCAAUGGGCAUCUGACCUACCUGCUGAUAGAUGGUGACCCAUCGCGUGACUUCUCUCUAGAUUCCGCGUCUGGAGCACUCUCAACGUCUCGAGCUUUGGACCGGGAGUCUGUGCCUGAGUACCGACUGACGGUGGUAGUCCAUGAUUCCGGCACCCCAUCUCUGAGUGCCACCACUAGUGUCACCGUCUCGUUGCUAGACCUCAAUGACAAUGCUCCUGCCUUCACAGCAGCAUCCUUCCAUGCAGAGGUUCCAGAAGAUACCCUCGAGGGCAGUAUAGUCCUGCAGCUGACCGCCCUAGACCCAGACCACGGUCCCAAUGGUCAGAUUACAUUCCAUCUCUCUAAUGGUACGCAGGGAGCCUUCCAUGUAGACCGUCUAACCGGACAUAUCACAACCGCCAUUCAGCUGGACCGCGAACGUCGAGCUGCUUAUACCUUCCUGGCGUGGGUCAUGGACUCAGACCCCUGUGGGCCGCGGAGUACAGAGGCCACUGUGACAGUAAUAGUAAAGGAUGUCAAUGAUAACCCUCCUGCUUUUCUGCGCAGCCCUUUCCAUCUCAACCUGUCCCGUAACACCCCCAUAAAGCGCACUUUGGCCGCAAUGAGGGCAGAAGACAAGGAUGCUGGUGCUAACGCUUCCAUUUUAUAUCGGUUGGCCCCACAUUCAUCGAAAGGAGGAUUUUCUGUGGACCCCUACACCGGCGAGGUGCGUCUGCUAGAGCCGCUGGAGGAGAUGGGCCCACGAGAGCGCACAGUGUUUGUACAGGCUUCCGAUCUGGGAGAACAGCCACUAUCCACCACUGCGGUUCUGGUCAUCCAUCUGCGUGACGAGGCGCCGCGGGGUCCACGCUUCCCACGAGAGGCCGUUGAGUUCAGCUUGCCUGAAAAUAGCCAACAAGGACUGGUGGUCGGGGCGGUGAGGGCAGCUCACACUGGUGGCUCCACUGGAAAGAUCACCUACAGCUUCCUCAGUGGAAAUGAAAAUGCAGCUUUCACCAUCAACCCAAGUACAGGACAAGUCACAGUGUGGAAGCCGGCAUUGCUGGACUAUGAACACAACUCCCGACACAAGCUGGUUGUCCAGGGCGAGACGCCCCAGUAUUAUACAUUCACCACCGUCACUAUACUCCUGCAGGAUGCCAACGACAACGCUCCACGGUUCCAACUUCCGCAUUAUACAGCGUAUAUCAGAGAGGCGCAGGGCGACGGCAGCCGCAUCAUACAGGUUCUCGCUGAAGAUCCAGACCAAGGAAUGAAUGGCCAAGUCACAUACGCUUUUCAGCAUUUUCAGCCCAUGAAGAAUCUGUUUCGCAUUGAUCCCCAGACUGGAGUUGUCACAACCGCUGCCAUAUUAGACCGAGAGAUCUGGUCUGAAGCACAGCUGAUGGUUACAGCAACAGACCGGGGAUCGCCUCCUCUCAGAAGCACAGCUACCCUCUCCCUGGUGGUAAUGGAUGUAAAUGAUAACAGUCCGACUAUUCCCCACCAGUUGGAACUGAGUGUCCGUGAGGAUGGGCUGAUUGGCUCAGAGAUUGCUCAUGUGACAGCCAAUGACGUUGACUCGGCCCCAGCUUUGUGGUACUCCCUGUCGGUGGAUGGAUCUCCAGGAGGACCAUUCAGUAUCUUCCGUUACGGUGGACAGAUAUGGCUGACGGAGCCCCUUGACUAUGAGGAACGAACAGCGUACACCCUAACCAUACAGACGUCAGAUGGAAAACACCAGACACGGGCAGAUCUGAGGCUGAUGCUAGAGGAUGUCAAUGACAAUGCACCAGAGUUCAAGCAGAACCUCUACCAGGUGACCGUUUCGGAGCACACUCAGGCUUGGACUCCACUUAUCACCAUCUCUGCCACCGAUCGCGACUCUGGGGAGAACAGCAGAAUCACUUACAAAGUGGUGUCAUCAGGAAGCGGAACGUUUUACAUCCAUCCAGACAAUGGGACCCUAUUUACAGUGCAGGCCAUGGAAUUGGAUGCCUUGUGGCCACUGGUGGAUGUGUUGGUAGAAGCUCGAGACCAUGGUUCCCCGAGUCUUGCAUCCCUUGUAACAGUGCAAAUCCUCAUAAUGGAUAUUAAUGACCAUGCCCCGACCUUCCCACAACAGCAAUACACGGCUUCUGUUCCUGAGGACCUUCCACUGGGGAGCACUCUUCUGAUUCUAGAGGCCACUGACGCGGACCUGACCCCAGAAAACUCCGUGCUGGAUUACACCAUUCUGAGCGGCAAUGUUGGAAACGUUUUCCAGGUACAAGGUGGAGUACGCUUGUGGAAUGGUAAUUUUCAGCACAUCGCCUCAGUCAUCUUGACAGACGUCCUAGAUUUUGAGACCAUUCACACUUAUAACCUGACAUUGGGUGCAUCUGACAGAGGUGUCCCCCAAAGAAGCCACUCUGUUCACGUCCUAAUCUCCAUAUCGGAUGUCAAUGAUAAUCCUCCAGUAUUCCCACGCCCUGAUUACAGCGUUCUCCUUAGCGAAGCUGCUCCUGUGGGUGCCGAGGUGCUGCGGGUCUUGGCGCAGGAUUCCGAUUCUGGCGACAAUGGUAUGGUUCAUUACAGAAUCACAUCUGGAGACGAGAGCCGGCUUUUCCAGAUCAAUGAGGCAACAGGGGCUAUAAAGCUAGUCCGCCAGCUGGACAGGGAGAGGCAGGCUACACAUACCCUGGUAGUCCUGGCUUUUGAUGGCAGCAGUGGUCCAGCCAAUUUUGCUCUUGUGCCCGUCACUGUGGAGGUGCGUGAUAUCAAUGACAACAAACCUUACUUUCCAGUACAGAUCCUGACCACCAAUAUUAGAGAAAACCGACCAGCAAAUACCUUGCUCACUGUUAUUCAUGCCAUCGAUUUGGACACAGGCAUGUUUGGUCAGCUGCUCUACACCAUGCUGGAGCUUCCAUCAACAGAACCAGGCCUUCUCACUGGGAAAGAUGUAUUCUCCGUCAACAGGACUUCAGGGGAGCUGCUGUCACGGCAGAGCUUUGACUAUGAGCGCAGCAAAGCGUUCAAUAUGAUUAUAAAAGCUACAGAUGCUGGAAACUUUUCAGCUACAGUCACUGUGCAGGUCCUCGUGACCGGGGAAGAUGAGUAUGACCCUGUGUUUGUGUCCACAUACUUCAAUUUCGAGGUGCCAGAGGAAGCUGCUAAAGGUCAGACCAUUGGCCGUGUUCAGGCCACAGAUGAAGAUGAAGGAGCUGAUGGAGUGGUUCUUUACUCAUUCUCUAAAUCGUCGCCAUACUUUGGAAUCAACGAAACCACAGGUUAUGUUUACUUGAAAGUAGACAGCCAAAGACACCGUUCUGGCCGGUCCAAAAGAGAGACUAGGGAGAUGACACUGGAGGUUCAUGCCCACAGCCCCUUACCAUCUUCACGUGUUGCCAUGGCUCAGCUUACAGUGGACAUUACUCAUACAUCAUUUGGUUUGGCCCCUGACCUGAAUUUGUUACUCAUAGUAUCUGUGGCUUCCUCAUUGGCAGUGGUGGUGGUACUGGCUGCAGUAGCCAUUAUUCUGGUGGUUUGUAGGUCUCGGGGGACACAGAAGAAACGACAAGAAGCUGAUGCCCAACUGGACACUUUACAGGGAAGUACCUUGCCAAGGAUUGGGCAUGACAAAUCAGCACUCGGCAGUGGUGAUAGAAUUUAUCACCAGACUCUUCCGGGCUACUCCAUGGAAUCUUCCACCGUUGAUGGGUCGUAUACAAGAGGAGGGUCUCUAGACCCCUCACAUUCCAGUGGUCGCGGAUCGGCUGAAGCUGCUGAAGAUGAUGAAAUCCGUAUGAUCAAUGAAUAUCCUCGAGUUUCAAGUAUUACAUCCUCCAUGCAAGAGCACAUAUCUGCACGUGGACCUGAUUCUGGAAUCCAGCAAGAUGCUGAUCAACUGUCUGAUAUCUCCUGUGACCCCUCCAUGGAUAGUGGACAAUGGUUCAAGAACAAAAAGGCUUCUUGUCAGUCACAACUUUAUCGAGAUGAUAGCGGAGGAGGUGCUUUUAUGGGGGUAGGUUGUGGGCUUAACAUGUCUCAUCCCAAGGACUACACUUUCCCUGAAGAUGGCAAACCAUCCGUGGAAGGAUCCCUGACAGCUAUUGUGGCUAGUGAUGAGGAGUUACGUGGCAGCUACAACUGGGAUUAUUUACUGAAUUGGUGCCCUCAGUUUCAGCCGUUGGCCAGUGUGUUCAUGGAGAUUGCCCGACUCAAGGAUGAGUCAGCAUUGAGAAGACCUUUCCAACCAAAACCCAAAGCCAUUCCUCAACCCCGUAUUGAUCCACCUCCUCUUAUCACCUCUGUUGCCCACCCUGGUGCGAAGACCGUGCACCCUAAACCAGCUGUCACCAGAACCUUCCCUAAUUUCUCCUCCCUACGCCGUUCCCCCAUAACUCACGAGGCUUCCCUUUCAAGCUCGGCUAUACCACCCAGCUUCUCCCCAUCACUGUCUCCACUGGCAGCUCGCUCUCCUGUUGUAUCCCCAUUUGGUAUCUCCCAGGGCCCAUCAGCAUCUAUCCUUAGCGCAGAACACAGCCUCGACUCUGCCGGAGAUCGGGAACUAAGUAUUUAGCAAUAUCCAAUCAUCCAGGAGGAUGCAGAACACAUAAGAAAUAGAAGAGAUAAAACAACAACAGUCACAAUUGGACAGAAAGUCUCUUAUGGAAAGAGGCUAAAACUUUAAAAAGAAACGUAAAAUGAAGGAAGAUACAGACACUGUAUCAGGUGGGUUAGGAGAAACCCAUCCCUGAUCAGAGCUAUUUUUUGAGGCUUUAUUAAGGUAAUUCUUCUAUGAUAUUUCCUACACGUGCCCCCUCUGUUGACCAGGGGUAGCCUUACGUGACUGGUGCAGCGUACAACGAAAGAGUUGGGGUGGAGACUUUCAGUCUAAUGUCUGCUCGUAAUGUAUUCCUCAGCAAUACCGCUGACAGACGCAGUCCUGCCGCCGACUGGCAGCUACUUUCCUUUCAGCAUCUUCUUCACAUCAGGCAGGACCUGCUCACCAGCAGCUUCAUACAGCCAACUAAGGACCUGACCAGGCUCCCCUCCCGGAUCACACGACCUGAAUAGGUGCUGGUGUUAGGGACGUGUGACCCAGACAAGAAUGUGAUGUCACGUGUGACGAAUUUAGUGUGAAGGUGAACGGACGGACAGUGGUGACUAUUUGUUCCUGUAAACCUGAGUGCCGCACAUUGCUCUGAAUAUAUAUAUAUAUAUAUAUAUAUAUGAAAUAACUUCGUAGAACAUACUAUGUAUUAUGUAGUAAUGCAUUUCAUCAUACGUGAUCCCCAAUAUCCCAUGUGGCAUAGAAGGAAGGCCGGUAAUGAUGUGUGUGGGAAGUGUUAUGUAUACAGAGAAUGUAGCUUUGGUUGCAGGUGAGGCUGUGGGUCUGGAGACGUUUGUAUACAGUUAUCAAGCCUUGUGCCAUGUGGUCACAUUAGUCAUAUCUGCAGAUGGUGCUUGUUCUCAGAACCCGCUCCUUCCUAUGAGAAAGAGUUCUGGGAUGCAAAAAGGGAUCCACUCUGCCACCUUAUAACGGUGUGACUAGCGGCUCUGCGCAUGUGUAACCCCAGGUCAACUUGCGGUGGUUUGGAUAUUUAAUCAUUCAGCCCCUGAUAAUGAAUAGACCCCUAAUAUUGUAUCAGUAUAAGAUACUGCCCAGGUACAUUCUCUCAUAACCCUGUUUUCCAACUGUAAAUUACAUUAUUUACUCAUCAUUCUUCUACAUUUCUAAACAAAUCUAUUAAAUACCUGAAUGAUGAUAACAGAAUUCUAUUACACCCUAAACAGACAUUGGACGCUACACCCCAACAUGACCUGACCACUGGCCAUGACCAUAAUACAUCUAUUGCACCCUAUACAGACAUAGGACACUACACCCCCAACAUGACCUGACCACUGGCCAUGACCAUAAUACAUCUAUUACACCCUAUAUAGACAUAGGACACUACACCCCAACAUGACCUGACCACUGGCCAUGACCAUAAUA